AUGCUAAAGGAGAAUUCGCUUGAUUGGGCCUGUGGUGAAGCGUUGGCGUUCGGAUCGCUUCUCAAAGAGAACAUUCAUGUUCGCCUCAGUGGACAGGAUGUUGAACGUGGAACGUUCUCUCACAGACACCACGUUCUACACGAUCAGCUGAUCGAUCAGAAGGCAAGUUAUUCCAUGGUUGAGCCGAAUGCCCUGGUCAUCUGGGAGGCCCAGUUCGGUGAUUUUGCGAACAAUGCUCAAUGCAUCAUCGACCAAUUUGUUUCAUCAGGUUAG